GUAGCGGUCAUUUUGACCGUUUUGUGAUUUUUAUCCUUAAUAAAACAAACUGUAUACAAUUUAUUUAAAAAUAAAUUAUGUCAUAACUUUUAAUUUGUCCCACAAAAAUUAUUUUUUGCAGAAUUUUCAUUCAUUUUUGAAUUCAGAACCAUUUUUAAGUAUAAAAUUUUAAAAAAAACAGUAACGGUCACAAUGACCGCUUUGGGCGUUCUAGGUCAUGAAAAGACGUUCUAGUAUUAAUCGAAAUUAUUUCAGCUGAAACCAUAGCAACACAGCAUAAGAACUGAUGGUUAAGCGCCUAGUUAACCGGAAAUAACCGCGGCUAGCCGACCGUUUUUCCGGUUAACUAGGCGCUUAACCAUCAGUUCUUAUGCUGUGUUGCUAUGGUUUCAGCUGAAAUAAUCUCGGUUAACUGAUGAUUUUCGAGCGGUUUACACUGUUGUGUCUCAAACUGUUGCCCAAUCAAUAAAUCCCAUAUAGACAAAGAAAAAUCUAAAAUAAAGGUUGCGGUAGAAAAAAACAAUUUUGUUUUUCUUUCUUGACUGAAUAUCCAGGGCGAUUUCGAACGUGGAUGUGUGUAGGGGGGAGGUGGGGGUGUGUGACCUCACUCCAAUAUUUAGAAAUAUUUGAAAAUUUAAUUUUGGUAUGCAUUGAAAAGUUAAGAUAAGCUAUAAUGUAAUACUAUGAUAUCUACUUUUUUUGCUUGAGGUUAUGUCAUUUUAUAACCAACCUCCAAGUUGAAGAGACUUGAACGGUCCUUUGAAUAUCUUCACUCUGAUAUGUUUCAUUUUCAUAUAAAAUGUAUUUCUUGAAAUUUUUAUUAUUUAUUUAGAUAUAUUUAAUAAACAAUUACAACAAAAUAAUGUUAAAGAGACAUUGGUUCAAGCUCUGACUACCAUUAUUAAAGAGAAAAAAAUUCAAUUACUCUCCGAAGAAGAUUAUUUUAUUCGAAAAAUGUCUGGUUUAGAAUAUCAAAAGAAUCUCUAUGAUCAUUAUCGUAUUUAUAAUGAUUUAUUAUUACCAAAUUUAAAUGUUUUAUCAAAAAAUAUAAAAGAUUCUCUUGUACUAUUUGCUAUUGAUCAUUCAGAUACAUUAAUGUUAAAUAUUUUAAAAGAACAUUGUUGUAUACCAUGUACACCCAAUGGUCGAACAUUAAGAAAACCAUCAAAAUUAAUUCAUCCACAUUGUAAAUUAGCUCAAUUAUAUUCGGAUAUUGAUGGAUUAUUUCCAUAUGGUGGACAAGAUUCCUAUUUAAGAGAUGAUAGAUUAAAUGUUUUAAAAUUAUUAGGUAUGAAAUGUGAUGAUAAUUUUGUUACAUGGCAAGAAUUAAUUGAACGAUGUCAAUCAAUUCAACGUAUUCGUGAUUAUGAAUUAGCCUAUGAACGAUCAAUUGCAUUAUUAACAAUUUUAAAUGAUAUGUUAACAAUGUAUAAUAAUGGUGUACCAUCAAAUGGUUCAAUGAGUUUAUGUGAUGCAUCACUUUAUGAUAAAGAAUCUCGUCAACGAGCAUCACUUCAAUUAAGAGAUAUUUCAUUUUUACCAGUUAAAAUUCGUCCAAUUGAAUUAAAUUAUUUAAAUAUACAAUGGAUGGGUGAUAAAUAUCAUAAUCGUUUAUUAAAACCAAAAGAUUUAUUAUCUCAACAAUAUGAAUUAUUAGUUGGAAGUUCAUGGCCAAUUGUUCAACAUUAUGAUUUAUCAAAAAUACAAAAAACCGAACAUAUUUUAAUAACAAAACAAAUUGAACAAUUUUUAGGUUUAAAUGAUACAACAAAAAUUGAUUUAAGAGAUGUACUUAAACAAUUAGAUGAAAUAUCAAAAUUAUCAGUUACUGGUAAUAAUACAGGAGCUAAUUAUAAUCAUCAAACAAGUUCAAAAUAUAUAUUAGAUAUGUGUUACAAUCUCUAUGAUUAUAUACAAUAUUAUUGUUUUCCACAUUUACAAACUCAACAACAAUCUUUAUCUCAUACACAUCAUUAUCUCACUGAAAUUGAUUAUCGUUCAUCAUCUAUGUCACCAUUACAAUUAGAACAAGCAAUUCGUGAUAUUCGUGAUUAUUUUCAACAACGUCGUCUCAUCUAUUUUCCAGUUGAUUUAAAUGAAACAUCAUCAUCAUCCUAUCUCUUUUUAUCUCUUAAUCAACUUUUAUGGCAAUCACCAACAAGAAAUUCUACCUUUAUAUCUAAUUUAAAACCCUAUUAUUAUCAAGUACCAAUUACAUUACAUAAACAAUAUAAACAUUUUUAUCUUGAUUUAUUACAAAUAAAAAUUCAAUUAGAAUAUAAAGAUUUAUUAAUUAUUAUAGAUUUAAUUAAGAAAAAAUAUCAAACAAAACCAUUGGAUAAAGAUGAUUUUACAUUAUUACAAACAGUUUAUCAACUUAUUUUAGAUAUUUUUCCAAAUUAUUCACCAACAUUAACAACACCAUUCUAUUUACCAAAUGUUGAUAGUGUAUUACAUCAAGGAAAUACACUCUAUUUUUAUCCAUUCGAACAACCAUUAGUAUCGUCUCAACAAGAUGAACGAUACGUUCAUCCAUCGAUUGAUCGUCUUAUAUGCAUGAAAGCAGGUGUUACAGUUCGAAAACUACCAUCGUCUACUCAACAAUAUUCCACUCUUC